GCUAUCAUCUUCAACAAAAACUAAUGGCAGACGAAUUGGCGUUAGAUUUGGCAGAGCUUAAGCAGCUUCAAACCAUAGCCAAGAGACCCAAAGUUCAGUCUCUCAUCUCUUCUGAAAUACUCAACUUGGAGAAGAUGGCUGUUUCUGUGCCGGCUGCGACUCCGAAUCCGACUCCGACUCCGAUUGCAACUGUUAAAGUGCCUUCUACCCCUGCAUUGAAUUAUGUUGCCCUUGGAACUUUCAGCUAUGAUCAGGACAAUGACAAAGUCAAGAUAUAUGUCUCUUUAGAGGGUGUUGAGCAAGAGAAAAUUGAGACGGAGUUUAAACCUAUGUCAUUUGAUGUCAAAUUUCAUGAUGUUCACGGGAAGAACUACCGUUGUGCCAUACCGAAAUUGAACAAGGAGAUUGUACCUGAGAAAUGUAAAGUGUUGGUUAAGCCUACCAGGGUUAUAAUUACGUUGUUUAAAGCUUCAAAAGGGAAUUGGUUAGACUUGCACUUCAAAGAGGACAAGCUGAAUCCAAAAAUGGAUAAGGAGCGGGAUCCCAUGGCUGGAAUUAUGGAUCUAAUGAAGAAUAUGUACGAGGAAGGGGAUGAUGACAUGAAACGAACAAUUGCAAAAGCAUGGACAGAUGCGAGAUCAGGCAAAUCUGCUGAUCCUUUGAAGGGCUAUCGCUGAACCCAGUUAGAAUUUUUUUGAUAUUGUGAAGAUAAUUUUGGUAGAUGUGUCGGUUCCCAUGAUUUUGCUGCUAUAUAUUCAGCAUAUUGUGUCUUUAAGAUUGUAGAAAGAAUGUUGGUUUAUUUUAUUUCCAAAAAACCUUGUGGUGCAGUUAAGCUAUUUUAUCCUUAUUUCACCAUCUA